UUAUGAUUUUGGCACCAGAAGAAAUAAAUGGAUAAAAAAAUACAUAUAAGAAGUGUUCAUGUUAUUUUCACACACUAGAAAGUGGUGAAAUUAAUUAAAGCAUAACAAAUGUGAAAAUCAUCAAACUCUAUUAUGUCUUUAGAUUUUUUUGAUAGGAUUAUAAUCUGGACAUUCUUUCAACUACAGACACACACACGUCCAAGUAUCUGUAUGGUCAGCAUCAUAUUUGAGACUGCUUCACAUUAAAUCUGUUUUUAGAGACUUUCUGAGUCUGAGGACAGAGUUUGGAGAGAGAACAGUACAGUAUUUGAGUUUGAAAACAAGGAAGUAUGAAAUCUAAAAAAUAAAUUCUCCACAUUUCUCUACUUAUCAGUGUUUUUAAGAUUCUUGUGACUUCAUUCAUUCAAAUCAUUUUACAGUACAGUGACCUGACUGGUCCAGACAACAUCUUCAGUUUUAGACUGACACCUCUCUUAGACUAAAGCAGCUUCUGGGUUGUUAGCACAGACUACAAACACUAACAGAUCAAGGAAUUACAUGACCUCCUGCUGCUGUGUCUGCAGUCAUCCAGCUGUAAAUAAGAAUCAGUUUGUGGUACCUACCAGAUGUUUGAGGUUGAAUAAUACUUGUCCAUAAUACUUAGUUUGGGUGAAAUGUAAAUGUUUUCUUCCUGCUCGUUACAGAAACAUGGAGGCCAAAGAAAACCUAAACAUCGAGGUGGUCGAGGCUGUAAGAAAGUUUUCACUGGUGCAUCACGACCAAAGAGAUGUCAGAAGAUUCACGUUGGAGAGAAACCGUACACCUGUGAUCAGUGUGGAGUAGCUUUCAGUCGAUCAGGUCAUUUAAAAAGGCACCAACGUAUUCACACUGGAGAGAAACCUUACAGGUGUGAUCAGUGUGGAGCAGCUUUCAGUCAGUCAGGUCAUUUACAAAGUCACCAACGUAUUCACACUGGAGAGAAACCUUACAGGUGUGAUCAGUGUGGAGCAGCUUUCACUAUAUCUGGUGCUUUAAAAAAACACCAACGUAUUCACACUGGAGAGAAACCUUACAGGUGUGAUCAGUGUGGAGCAGCUUUCACUAUGUCUGGUGCUUUACAAAAUCACCAACGUAUUCACACUGGAGAGAAACCUUACAGGUGUGAUCAGUGUGGAGCAGCUUUCACUAUAUCUGGUGCUUUACAAAAUCACCAACGUAUUCACACUGGAGAGAAACCUUACAGGUGUGAUCAGUGUGGAGCAGCUUUCAGUCAGUCAGGUGCUUUAAAAAGGCACCAACGUAUUCACACUGGAGAGAAACCUUACAAGUGUGAUCAGUGUGGAGCAGCUUUCACUAUAUCUGGUGCUUUAAAAAGGCACCAACGUAUUCACACUGGAGAGAAACCUUAAAUGUGCCAGGAGGAUGGUGCAGCUUGUAUUCAUUCAGACUAUUAAAAAAAUUAUACCAAAUGUUGUGGAAAAACUAAUGUGUACUGCUGGAUUAAAACUUUAUUAACAAAGGUAUCACUAAGAAGACCUGUGAGGUAAAACAAAAUGAUAUUGUGCAUAUUUGUAAAGUUUUGGCAAACGGUAGGGGGAUUUGCAGCCACUUCUUGUAAAUGUUUAGUAAAGUUAUGAAGUUUAGUCAUAGAAAGACGACCUCCCUCUGAAGAGAAACUGUUCUGCAGCUGUUCUGUAGCAACUGUGAGGUGAUUGUCGCAACAUAUUUGAGUUUGAAUUAAAUAAUACUGUAUAUAACUAUGUACUUUGUUAGUCAUAACAGAGUAAUAAUAAUACUAAUGGUUUAGAUUUAUUUAGUGCUUUAUCAAGGCACCCAAAGUGCUUUACAUUGUGAAUCUGUUAUUCAUUCACACACUGAUGGUGGAAGCCAAGUUGUACAAAUAAAUGAGUUGUUUACAGUA